AUGUCUUCUUAUCCAACCUCCACCAUCUCGGCGAGUCUGACUCCAGAGUAUGAUGCACUCUGGCAUAAGCUCAAUCCUCUUCAACACGAAAUGAUUAUAACUGGCGUUGGUCGUCGUGUUUAUCCACUAUUGGAGUAUCAGUUCAGUAGCAUGAAUCCAGACAAAAUGUACAGAGCUUCGGUUCACUUUGAAUACGUUGACGACAAAAAACUGAGAUUCUGCAAGGGGAAAUACGUCGAGUUGGUAUCCCAAGAAAAGAAGGAAGCACCACGGAAGGUACAGCACAAGUCAGGAGCAAAGUUGGGAUCCAAAUGGAUGGCCUCCCCAGUUAAUUUCGAAGACGUCAGAAUCACAAAUGAAAAGACGAGAGAAGAGGAAAAUACCUCAAACGUCCAUCUUCAUGCUCAACACAGAUACUUGCCAGUGUUGACUAUCACCGAAGAGGCAGGAUUGAGCUACGAAAUCCGGCUCCCACACACAGUUUUUAUCACAGCCACUUUCUACCACAUUGAUGAAGUUCGCAAGAUCAAAACCGAUUCAAAUGAAUACGCCAAAUCAAAUAGAGGGGAUCGCCGUCGUCCCCGGGCUGUCGAAUUCUCCGCCACCAGUCCGUCUACCAAGAAAAGCAUAAAAGAAGCUCCAGUUCAAAGAGAAGCCGUCCCAGAAGCUUCAGUUCCUUUUAUCCGAAACUCGUUUCCAAACUCACCAUCCAUCGAUCUUGCUAUCUUGAGUACUCUUACAUUCCCAUCCGCUGGUCUCUUCACUCAAACUCAAUCUUCAGCGACCAUCCCCGCAGUCCAAGGCGUCUCAUCAGCCGAUCCAUUGAAUGCCUUCUCCGCGAUCCCAUGGUUGAUGAAUAAUCCAUUUCUGUUGGCUGCAAUGGGACUUCAAUUCCCAAUCAUCCCAUUCCCGUAUUUGCCUUCAACGCCGGAUUCGCCGCUCACUCCAACUUCUUCUAUUUCUCCAGACUCUGAGCCCACACAACCGGUAGAUCCAGUAAAGGCUGCAGUUAUCAAUAAGGUCAUCAAUGAAGAGGUCGACGCAUGA